AUGGAGCUGUCGUCUGCAGAAAUUGUGUCCCUAUUCUGGGGGCGUCAACCAGACUUUCAUCGGCUUAUCAAUGGGGAUUUCGCAAACAAAGACACUAUCAAUUAUCGUUCGUAUUUUGACUACUUCCAGAUCGAACUCAGAUACGCCAACCUUGACUUCAAUGACUUUCAAGUCAUCAAGAACAUCGUAUCGCAGAUCAAGGCUGACGAAUCUCGAAACGACAUCUUGGAGAAACUGCAAGACUCCGAUUUGUUAUCAAAGGAAGUCUUGGACAUUUCAUCACCGUCUCUGGAUACUUCGAUUAAUCUCGCUGCGCAAUUACUCGUCAUGUGCAACUUCGGACCCAUCCUUAACGCAGCCAACUCCAGACGGUAUCUAGAGUGGUCACAAGACUCAUCGCUCCGCAACUCAUUGGCAUCGUAUUUUGACGUCCAGCCCAACUUGAAUGAUAUAGCUAGGCUACCAAAGGUCUUUCAUGCAUGGACAAUUGCAAACAUUGGCGGCAUCAGAAUACAGUUUACCGACAACCUCAUGGAUCACCUGCUAUUGAUUCAUGACGAUGCAACGCUUGUUGAUGACGUUUACAGCUCGCUCUUGCCCCGGCAUCUUAUUGAGGAGACCUUGCAAACCCUUUCCCUCCUGUUCCCCCAAGCAGCUUUUGCGUCAACACGCCGAAACCGUCGAAGUGAACGGAAGUGGUUCAAAAAGCUCUGUCAGCAACACAUUCUAAGAUCUGGGUGCCAAGUUGACCAGCGUGUGGUUCGGUGCGGAACCCUGCAAGCUGAAGGCCGUCAGAUUGAGAACUUCACGGUGUGGCGGGAUAGACUGAUCGUGCUUAAACAAGCCUACGACGAGACGACUCCAUCGACUUUAAGUCAAUGGUGGUAUGACCGGCGGAAUGGGCCCCAAUGGUUUACUUUCUGGGGUGACCAUAUGGGUAUUCGUUCUGGCGACGUUUUUUGGGAUUGGUUCAAUGUGUCGAGGGAGCUUUACAAGUGUAUAAGGCAUACCACCCGUCGGACUAAGAAUUUCAGGCAACUCAGGCUUUUGAUCUUGUUUGUACAUGUGAGUGAACCGGUUCAUUUACAUCAUUGGAACCAGGAAGGCCAAUGUUAUGUAGAACUUGUGAAACUGUCUUGAUA